AGAGAGAGAAACAGAGAAAGGAAGGGUGGGAUGUUCUGGUGUAAGGUGUAGAAAUGAGUAGAAAUGAGAGAGACACGCACGGGCCUCUAGGCCUACACUAGCUUUCUUCUGUCCUCAUGAGUUCUGGGUGUGUGUCAGAUAUCCCCGGUGCACUCAACAUCUGUGUGUAGACCUUCCUGCGUCAGAAUGGCGGCGUGGGAUCUGUCUGUGUCUGUGGAGGAGCUGGGGCCCGACGCCCCGCCGCUUAAAAUCAGUGUCACCUCAGAUCUGCACAUCGGCGGAGUCAUCCUCAAAGUGGUGGAGAAGUCACAAAUCAAGCAGGACUGGUCGGAUCACGCUCUGUGGUGGGAGCAGAAGCAGCAGUGGUUGCUGAAGCCGUCCUGGACGCUGGAUAAGUGUGGGAUUCACGCGGACGCCCGGCUCUGUCUCACUCCGCAGCACAAGCCCCUGCGUCUGCUGCUGCCCAGCGGCGUCACCCUGCGCCUCAGAGCCUGCUUCUCCAGCCCCGUCUUCCGCUGCGUCACCGGCCUCUGCAAGCUCCUGAACAUCCGCCGCCCAGAGGAACUGUCCCUGCUCUGGCCAGUGGAGGAGAAGAAGAAGAAGAAAGAUAAAGAUGUUGAGGAAGAGCUGUAUGACAUCACACGCGCACCACUUCCUUCAAGCAUCAUCCCAAAGCUUGCGAACGGCAUGCCUGCUUUCUUCGCUGAAACGCCUGAAACUGAGGCUGUGUACAAGAUGCUGGCGGUCAGUCAGCCUGCUCCGGCCCCAGAGACCAUCGCUAAACUCUACCGCUCAACUAACAUCACGGAGAAAGCACAUAUCAACAGCAGGUGGCUGGAUUCAUCCCGUUCUCUUCUACAACAGGGAGUCAAAGAAAAUGAUAAACUCCUGCUGCGUUUCAAAUACUACACCUUUCACGACAUCUCACCACAGGCUGAUGCGGUGCGUCUGACGCAGCUGUAUGAACAGGCGAGGUGGGCCAUCCUGCUGGAGGAAAUUGAAUGCACUGAGGAGGAGAUGAUGGUGUUCGCUGCCUUACAGUACCACAUCGGGAAAGUGUCUCUGACGGAGCAGUUCGUGGCGUCGUGUCCAGCUAUGGACGAUCUGGAUUCAGCUCUACAGUGUCUGGAGGUGAAGAUGGAAGGAGAGAGCAGUGCGGACGACAUGCUGGAAACGAUGACGGCACCAGAACUACAUGACUACUUGAAAAUAUUCAGACCGAAGAGGCUGACACUGAAAGGAUAUAAACAAUACUGGUUUACAUUUAAGGACACGACCAUCUCCUACUUCAAGAGUAAAGAGGAGAGCUGUAAAGAGCCAAUUCAACAGAUGAACCUUAAAGGUUGUGAGGUGGCUCCGGAUGUGAGUGUUGCCGGGCAGAAGUUUUGCAUCAGGUUGCUGAUUCCUGGACCAGAAGGCAUGAAUGAGGUCUACUUGCGCUGUGAGCAUGAGCAGCAGUACAGCCGGUGGAUGGCUGCGUGUCGCUUGGCCUCCAAAGGCAAGACUUUAGCGGACAGCUCCUUCUCCAGCGAGGUGCAGAGUAUCCAGUCGUUCUUGGCCAUGCAGAAAACCACACCCAGCACUAACGCGGCUCAGACGGAUGAAAGCAUCAACACACACAGCCUCGUCUCUCCACGCUACCAGAAGAAGUACAAACCCAAGCAGCUCACACCGAGGAUCCUGGAGGCCUAUCAGAACGUAGCUCAGCUCUCAUUAACAGACGCCAUUCAGAAGUUCCUUCAGAUCUGGCAGGCCCUGCCUGACUUCGGCCUCUCUUAUAUUGUAGUCAGGUUUAAAGGUUGCCGCAAGGAUGAGGUGCUUGGCAUUGCCAACAAUCGUUUAAUCCGCAUUGACCUGAGUGUCGGAGAUGUCGUGAAAACCUGGAGAUACAACACCAUGAGGCAGUGGAACGUCAACUGGGACAUCAAACAGGUUGCCAUUGAGUUUGAUGGCAAUGUGAACAUCGCCUUUAGCUGUGUGACAGCAGAUUGUAAGAUUGUCCAUGAGUACAUCGGCGGCUACAUCUUCAUGUCCACACGCAGCCGGGAGCAGAGCAACACCCUGAACGAGGAGCUGUUUCACAAACUGACAGGAGGCCACGAAGCGCUAUGAGAGAAAUAAAACAUCUGUGCACCUAUGGACUGAAGAGAAUAAGAUCUGCAGGAAAAACAAAAUCUAAGAAAUGUUCACUCAUACCCUAAAAAGCAUAUGCAUACAGAUAUGGCCAUUCAUGAGUAUUUCCCUUAAAAAACACUAUUGUGUCUUGACAGGUUUGUGAGACCUGAGGUGUUUCGGUUUCUGACAUUUAGCAGCGUGGCAUUUCUCUGUCUUCGUGUUUUAAUUGGCUUCCCUCGUUCUUAGCAUUGCUGUUAACACCAUAUCUUAUAGUUAUUAAAUUGUACCGUCAAAGCUU